GUCACCAGUCACCACACCACUCACCAGGUUCUUCUGUUGAUGUUUGUUUUCUCCUCCUUUAUUUUCUGUUUACAUCUGUACAAAACCUAAUCAUGAUUGGUAUAUUUUGUUCCUGAAAAUGAAUAAAGAAGAAGAUUAUUUGAUGAAGCUGACCAAAAUUGAGUCAACAAUAGAAGGUUUACAACAGCAGCAAAAGAAGAUUGCAAACAAAAUUAAAAUCCUCUUGUCAGAAAAAGAAGAAUUACAGCACCAACAUCACUUGUUCAAAAUCAGAAACAGGCCUGAUAUAAGUGAAUGGGUUGACAAAAAAUGUGAAUGGUCUGUUCAAGUUCUUGCAAUUCUUAAUGAAAAAUUCAAGUUCAAGAGCUUCAGAUCCAAACAACUUGCUGCCAUCAAUGCUACCUUGUCAAAAAAAGAUGUAUUACUGCUUAUGCCUACAGGAGGUGGCAAAAGUCUUGUUUACCAACUUCCUGCACUAAUCACUAAGAGGCUCACACUGGUGGUUUCCCCUUUAAUUUCUUUGAUUGAAGACCAACUUAUGGCUUUAAAAAAACUAGGAAUAGAAGCAAAUACACUGAAUGCCAGUUCUUCAAAGGAGGACAAGAAACAUGUACAUAGUAGUAUGACAGAUGGAAAUUCCAAACUGAGAUUAUUGUAUGUUACCCCUGAAUGGGUGGCAAAAAGUAAAACCUUCAUGACAUACAUGCAAAAAUGUUUUGAUAAAGGUUACUUAGAUAGAAUUGUGAUAGAUGAAGUGCAUUGCUGUUCUACUUGGGGUCAUGACUUCCGGAAAGAGUAUAACUUUUUAGGGUUUUUCAAAUCCAUGUUUCCAGGUGUACCAAUACUGGGAUUGACUGCUACAGCUACAAUGAGUAUAUUAGUAGACAUACAGAAUAUGCUGAGUCUCCAAGAUGCCCUUAUCAUAACAGCCCCUUUCAAUAGACCCAAUCUCUACUAUAAAGUUGUCAGAAAACCCCCAGACAAAACAGAUUGUCUUGAAGCAAUAGAAAAACUACUCAAGCACAAGUACAAAGAUCAAUCUGGGAUUAUAUACACAUCAACUAUCAAAGACUGUGAGGAAAUUAGUGAUAGCCUGAAAAGCAGAGGUUUAAAAGUGAAUUGUUAUCAUGCUCAACUGAAAGCAGAACAUAAAAAAGUUAUUCAUGAAAGGUGGAUGCAGAACAAAUACCAAGCUGUCAUUGCAACCAUAGCUUUUGGAAUGGGUAUAGAUAAGCCAGAUGUCAGGUUUGUUAUUCAUCACAGUGUUCCUAAAAGUAUGGAAAGUCUAUAUCAAGAAAGUGGAAGGGCUGGUAGAGAUGGAAACAAUGCUGAUUGUGUCCUGAUGUUCAGUCUCUCUGAUGUUUUAAGAAAUGUCAGUAUGGCAUCAUCAAAAGCUGAAGAGAAAUAUGCCAAAUCAAUUCUAGAGUACUGCCUAGAUCAAGCUCAUUGUAGAAGAGCAUUGAUAGCUGAACAUUUUGAAGACACUUGGCGUCAAACUGAUUGUGAUAAAAUGUGUGAUCACUGCAAGUAUAAAAAAGUAACCUCAAGUUAUGAUGUUUCGACGGCACUGAAAGAUAUCCUAGCAUUAGUAGAAGCAGCCAGUAUGAAAGGGGUCAAACUAACUUUGAACAAACUCAUAACUGCUUGGUUUGAAACAGGCACAAAAGAUCUAAGGAUUUCAACAGUGAAGAAACCAAAUUGUACAAAAGAACAGGCAGAACAUAUUGUAGGAUGGUUGAUCCUCAAAGAAUAUUUGAAUAUUGAUAAGGGUUACACAAUGUAUACUACCAUAGCAUAUAUCCAGAGGGGUAGUAAUGAUAUUAGUAAUGGAAAAGUUAUAAUGCCUUUUACCUCUAAUAUCGGGUAUCCCAGAGUUCCAGAUGCCAUUGACAUUGAUAGUAGUGAUGAUCCAGUAGUAGAACCAGUGAUGAAGAAAAUAAAAAAAAAUGUUUCUGUUUAAUUUCUUAUGUUAGAAAGUUUGUCUCAUUCUUGAAACUGUGAUUUUUAUUUCUUAUAAUACAGCAUUUUCAUUUUCUAUGGAAAAUGUUUCAUUUCCAUCAAUUUUGUUUCAGGUAGACAGUGUAGGUAUAAUACAUUCUUAUUUCCAACAAUACCUAUACUGGGAGUCAAUGAAUCUAUUAGACAAGCCAUAACUUCUAGAAUAUCCAUUGUAUCAAAAUUAAAUUCAAUAUGGGUAUAUGGUAUGUGAAGAGGAGUUCUCACAUAUAUUUCACUUCCCGGUUUCAGCAUAAAUGGCUCCGGUUUCGAAUUUUUAAAUGGAUCACUCUCAGCUUGGAAUAUACAUUAGUUUGAACCCCCUGAUUGGGUAUGAAAGUGUUGAAAAGGAAUAUU